UAAUGCAAACUCUGACAUUUCAAUUCAUCUUUUGUGAAAACAUAUGUAAAUAAUUACGCGUCAUUAAAAAUUCCAAACAAAUCGAUCAACAAAAUUAUUAUCAAAUUUAAUAUUAUUCAGCAAAAACAGUAGGUGUAUCAAUAAAUUUGUAAGAUUCUUAGUGAUUGCAUUGCUAUUUGGCGCUCUGCUGAUUGGCAUUUUCUAAAUCUGUUACGCCCAUCAAAGAAGUUCGUAAGACCGAAUCAACGUAAAACGUAAAUACGACAAAGCGUUUUCCGCUCCUGAAUAGCUUAGAAAAUUCGACUUUUGGAAAUAUCAAUUUUCAAAACAUGACGUACGAUAGCCUUACCGAAGAUCAACGGUUCCAACUGUUGCAAUUGAUACAGGAAAGGCCUAUCUUGUAUGACAAGAGCAAUGAAGGAUAUAAGAACGUUACGGAGAAGGAACUGGCUUGGCAAGAUGUGGCCAGAAGAGUUCGGGCACAGGUUAAUGCUUGCAAAGUUGCUUGGAAAUCUAUGCGAGAUCAAUAUCAACGGAAUAUGAAGCUGCCAAAAGAAAAGAGGAAAAAUUUUCGAUAUUUGCCAAAAAUGUCCUUUUUAAAUGGGAAAACCAAGGCAUUUAGAAAUUCAUCAUCUCUUUCGAUGGAUGACUUUACAUCUGAGUAUUACUAUGACAAUACAUCAAAUACACCCAAACAUGAAUUGGAAUACGAUGACAGCACAGACUAUGGAGACUAUAAUGAAACAACAACAACAAUAGAACCUGCAGAAAACAUAUCCAAGCUCGAUGAGCCGAAUACAAAAUCUUCAGCAAACAAUAUUGAAAAAAUUGAUGACAAAUUAUCAGUUCCAUUAUCCCCGCACGAGGAAGAGGAAUAUAUUUAUAUAAAAGAAGGCAAAGAGGAUCCAGAUUAUAACAUUGAGAAUAUGGCAAGCACGUUAUUUGAUACCUUUAAUAAUUUGAUCAAUAAACGUUACCAAUCAAAUGAGGAUGACAACGAUUUAUUUAUGAAAAUGCUGGCGAAAAAGAUGAAAACUUUACCAAAUUUGGUAAGAAAUCGUUUACAAGAAAGUUUUUUGGAACAAGUAAAUUAUGAAAUAACGAAUAAUGAGAUACAACGGAAUAAAAGAAGAAAACUUUCAUAAUUAA